AUGUCUUUCUCCUCAGGCAUCUUUGGACACCCAGCGGUCGUGGAACCCAUCAGUCCAAUCCACGCGGAGCGGUAUAGGACGUACCAUUUGGAACCUCUCUCUUUCGACGACGAUUUCUCUUUGGAGUUCCAAAAACCUGCCAAGAAGGUCAAGCCCACCAGGAAGAGCUCCAAUCGACUAUCCGCUCGCGCCUGGGUGGCCCUCACGCGUGAAAAGUCCAUCUCGAGCGCUCGAGGAUCUCUUUUUUCUCCACGUCGUGAAUCUUGUUCGACUGAAGGCGACGCUGCCUCGCCUAAGAACUCCACUGAUCUCUCCGGUGUCGCGUCCCCCCGCAAGCUUGCAUCACGCCCGAAGCACAUUCCCAUAGUCAUUCCAAACCAAUAUUCUUACACUUCAGGGCUCUCCGAUCCCACCUGUUGCAGGUCAUCUGCCUCAUAUUCCAGUGGAAGUGGCUCGCCGCACUCGUUCCGGGUGAACGCGCCCUCAUCACCAGAUUCUCGACCCAGCACUGCCCGCUCAGCCACACCAAGGCAUGUCGAGAUAAAGAUACCCAACUGGGCGAUUCCAGAGCGCAAGACUUCCCCGCCGGACACGCCGCACUUCAUCAACCCAUUUAUCCCGCGGCCGACGGUUGAGAUGGCGCAAGCCACGCCUGACGCCAGUGCCGAAAGCAUGGUGGAUCCCCAGCCCUCGCCUACUGGACUGGCUUCCGGUGAGGUGGAAACUGGCAGCACGACAAAUCUCAGCUCAUACAGCAGUCAAAACAGCUUGGUCGGGAUGCGAUCCGAGUAUGAGUCUGCUUCUGAAGCGGAGACCGCAUCCGCUGACGAUGAGCCUGGCUCCAACACCCCAUCGCAAGACCCAGCCCUGGCUGAUUCAUCAACCCCGCAUGCACCCGAGGCGAAUCCAUCCAACCUGUCCGGACUGGUCUGCAAUGUACAUCGCACUACUGGUAAAGAACCUCAUCCACUUGUUGGGGCGAGCACUACGAUACUUGGGGACAAGUUGUACGUCUUUGGCGGUCGUCGCCUUUCGCGAACCAAACCGCAGCUUACUGCCAAUCUCUAUGAGCUCGAUCUGAUCCGACGACACUGGACGAGGCUGGAGACCAAGGGAGAUAUCCCACCGCCGCGCUACUUCCACAGUGUCUGCGCUCUUGGUGACACCAAGUUGGUGUGUUAUGGUGGCAUGUCUCCAUCGUCGGUCGAGGCCAGUGCCGAGGCCCAACCAGAGGUGGUCGUCAUGUCGGAUAUUCACAUCUACGAUGUUCCUUCACAAUCCUGGACGAAGAUUGCGACACCAGAUGCACCACAGGGGCGAUAUGCACAUUGUGCGACGAUCCUUCCUUCAUCCGCCGUCUUUAGCUCGGCCAAUGCGCCCAUGUCUGCAGUACGCCACAACCCAGCUGGCGCAGACCCAAGCCAGGGUUCUCUCGGGGUAUCAUUGGAUGGUGCUGGUGGCGCGGAGAUGGUGGUCGUCGGUKGGCAAGAUAGCGCAAAUCACUACAUUGAACAAGUCAGUGUGUUCAACCUUCGCAGUUUGAAGUGGACUGGCACAACGGGCAUGGGCCGAAGCUGUGGAGCUUACAGGAGUGUGGUCACGCCACUGACGGGAAUGACCUCUUCUCAGAUUGGAGCUGGGCCUCACUCGCAAAAUGACCUGGAAGAUGAUGAUGAAGAGACGAGCACUAUUGGAUCUGGUGCGCCGAUGCUAAUCUACUCCAACUACAACUUUCUUGACGUCAAGCUCGAAUUGCAAGUGCGACUUACCGAUGGCACUCUGACAGAGAAGCCCAUGCAGACAUCUGUCUCCCCGCCUGGACUGCGCUUCCCCAAUGGAGGCGUCAUCGACAAUCAUUUUGUCGUGUCGGGGACGUUCUUGACCUCUUCCAAGCAGGAAUAUGCAUUGUGGGCGCYCGACCUUCGCACGCUGACCUGGAGCCGGAUUGAUGCUGGAGGUAGCAUCUUCAGCCAAGGUAGCUGGAAUCGCGGAGUGCUCUGGAGUCGGCGCAACUCGUUUGUGAUUCUGGGCAACCGGAAGAGAAAUCUCGUCGACGACUACAACAACCGACGCAUCAACUUCUCCAACAUUUGUGUGGUGGAGCUCGAGGCAUUUGGCUUGUACGACAAUCCCAAGGCCGCGGAGCCCACUUCGGGAUACACAUCUGCCAGUUCCAUUCCAUCUCAAUCCACCCAUGACACGAGUUUCUCCCGACUGUUGAGCGCGGCCGCCGAAGACAUUGGCGCGCUGGCCCUCAACGCCCGCGAGCUGUGCGACAUGGACUUUCUUGCCAUUGACGGGACGAGAGUGCCGGUCAACUCACGACUCAUAUCCCGUCGGUGGGGUCCACACUUCAUUUCGUUGCUACGGGAAUCGCUAAUCGCAUCUAACGAUACGGAUGCUGCGACGCUACGACCAAACACCAACCAUCCCUCGCGCAACUCAAUCAUCACCAUCACGCCUUCGGUCAAUUCUGGCGCGACGACGCUGACCAACAACAGCGUCAGCAGUGAGGUGCCCGACACUCGCUCGGCGCCACCGUCCACCCGGCCGAGACUGCUCUACUUGCCUCACACCGCGCCGACCCUCCACGCACUCCUUCACUAUCUCUACACCUCGUCACUACCAUCCGCCCCUCACCCGCUUGCAACGCCCCAAAUUCUGUGCUCCCUCCUGCAACUCGCUCGACCAUACAAGAUCGAUGGGUUGUUGGAGGCGACUGUGGAGAGGCUGCACAACACACUUGACGGUCGCAAUGCCGCGGCGAUUUUCAACGCGGCGGCGAUGGGGGCCGGUGGAGGAGACAGCAUUCAUUUCGCCACAAGUACCCGUACGAUUCGCGAGAGUGACAUCCCCGUCCGCACGGCGAGUCUUGCGGGUGGUCUUGACGGACUCAUUGCGAACGGAACUUCUCGAACGAGCUCGGCGCUGAGGAUCAACACUGAAAUGGCCAAUGGUAGGAGCACGAGAGAGACGAUGCGACCCGGCCAGGGGGAUGCCAGUGACACGGAUGACGAGCCAUUGAGCGCGGCAACCGACUCGAGUAUGAGUGAUGUGGAGCUCACCAUCGGUCCUGACAGCUUCAGUCGGAGAGCGGACCGGCAUCAGGAAGAGUGGAAUGGAAGCAUGAGCGCUGUUGUGGGGCUGCAGAAGAGGGGACUGAGAGGAUUGAUGGAAGGCAGGAGGAUGAGAGAGCGCGGGGGACGGGAAGGGAUGGAAAGUGUUUCGCGGGUGGGAUUGGGAAUUGGGGCGUAG